AUGUCCAGAACGCAAUCUGUCUCAUUUAAUUUUCUGCCCAGCAUAACGGCCUCCACUAUUCCCAAUGCCCUGGAGGGUGUGGCGAAAACACACGUAGUUGGGCGUGGUUAUGCUUUCACUGUCAAGGCAGGCUCUCACAUUCGCAUCAUCAAUUUACAUGGGGAGCAAGUCGUUGACAUGACGACAUGGCGAGCUCCUUACUCCUCCGAUACGACAUGCAACUUUGCCGAGGCCAUGACCACCUAUCUAAAGGAAAACGUUGACCCGGACGCGAAAUUCGAAUGGUUCCAAGUUCACAACCCUUUCAACACUUUCCAGAACACGCAAUACUACACAAUGAAGAGUUGGAUUGACUCUAGCAAGCCGGGCGACUUCAUAGAGUUCGAGGUUUUGAUGGACACGGUUGUUGCUGUCAGCUGCUGCCCUUACGAGGAGGGUGGCUUCAAAGGUGGGAAGUCGACUGAGAUAGCAGUGAGCUGGCAGACAGCAGGAUGA